UUUUCUACAGGUGAACAUGGCCUGUAAAAUCUUUCCUCCGAGAAUGUUGACGGUAUUUUAUUAAUUCCGUCACCAAUUCGGCAAAUUUUAACGUGAAAAAAUUUAUUAACGUGAUCAAAACUUUUCGAGUGAAAGUCAAUCGCAUUUUUACAUCAUUUAUAAUUAGAAAGUAAAAUUUUCAGACUCCGAAAGGACCGAAGACGCUAAGAAUCAGUCUCGUGGUGCAAUAAACAAAUUGUUACGUUUAAUUUUAAUAUUCAUUCAAGAUUGUUUGUUAUUUUUAUACAUUCUAAUAAACAAAAGUUGAUUAAAGUAAACUCUAAAAUUAAGUGAUAAUGAAAUGAACAAAUUAAUUUAGUCUCGUGAGAAAAUAGAGAAAGAGAAAAAAUGUCUGGGAUAUCAUCUGGAUUUGUUUUAUAUAUCGUAAAAGGAUUUUUAAUUUCGACAUUUUUCACUGGCGUUAGUACAGCGAAUAACAAUGUAAACGUGCCACCUGAAUUUGUUGCUGGUGGUAUCAUAGAAGUGUUAACCUUGCCUGAAUCAACUCCGGUGGGCAAAGAGGUGUUUACGUUAAAAGGUCAUGAUCCUGAAAAUUCUGAGGUUAAAUAUGGAAUCCAGUUGACCGAUAAAUUUACUGUAGAUCCAAAGACUGGAGUUAUAACCUUGGCAAAACCGUUAGACCGCGAGGAAAACGACUCAUUUAAAUUUCGCGUAACUCUAGAAGAUCGUGUUCUGGAAGGUCAACAACCUAAUACAGUUGGAAUAGAUGUCAACGUUGUUGUGCUGGAUGUCAACGACAAUCCACCAAAAUUCCAAGGCACUCCUUAUGAAGCUACAGCUAGUGAAGAUACUCCAAUUGGUACGACCAUUUUAUCUGAGAUUAAAGUUACUGAUCCUGAUUCAAUUAGUGAAAACAUCGAGGUAUCUUGCGUACCUAAGCUCCAGUUUCCCGACGCUUGCACUAAAUUUGGUAUUGUCGACAUAGAGAAGAGCGUUAAUACGUACAUUGGUGGCUUAGUGGUACGGGAGCAACUUGAUUAUAAGCAAAGACCCUUCUAUCAAUUACUAUUACGAGCCAGCGAUGGGACAAAUAAUGAAACUACUGGGGUGGAGAUUAAAAUAACGGAUGUACAGAAUAGUCCUCCUGAAUUUUUAAACUCUCUCACGGGAAUAGUUAAUGAAAAUGCUACUGUUGGAACGCUUGUAAUGACUGUCAAAGCACGUGAUGGUGAUCGUGGUAUUCCCAGGAAAGUUAUCUACGAAUUGGUGACAAAUCCUUUUGAGUAUUUUUUGCUGGAUCCAAAGUCUGGCGAAUUGAGAACAGCCAAACCUUUGGACAGAGAAGCUCUUGAAAAUUCUACAGGCGUAUUAAAUCUGAAGAUAAAAGCUCGUGAGUUGGUUGAUGGUGUACCAGGCAAUGAUGAAACUACAGUUUCAAUAGCUGAAGCCACUAUUACCAUCAAAGACGUCAACGAUGAGGCUCCAAUGUUUAAUAAGCGAGAAUACAGCGUAGAAAUACCCGAAAAUGUUCCUGAUGGUAUGCCAUUACCUCAUCUAGAUAUGACUGUCAAGGAUCCUGAUCUGGAUCUUGGAUCGGAGUUCAAUUUAAAAUUAUCUGACAUUUCGGGAGCUUUUAUGAUAGAACCAGAGCAUGCAAGUGGUAGUACAUCCGUAACGAUCCGUGUGUCAAACGUGUCACUGGAUUAUGAAAAUCCUAACCAGAGGAAAUUUAUUCUAUUGGUAAUUGCUGAAGAAGAUAAAACUGUUGACAAGUUUAAGUCCACUGCUACUGUAACUGUCGCAAUAAAAGACAUGAAUGAUAACGCUCCUUCAUUUAGUAGCGCAACUUACACCGCUCUAGUGUCAGAAACAGCCGCACCUGGAACUAAUGUUGCCACUAUUAAAGCUAGUGAUAGAGAUAGUGGGUCGUUUGGAACAGCGGGAAUCGUCUAUCAAUUAUUAGGUCAAGGUGAUGAGCAAUUUCUGGUGGAUAAGAAAAAUGGCACGAUCACUGUUGCACCUUGUUCAACACCUGGUACAUUCCCAUGUCUGGAUUUCGAAGAGCAAGCGGAUUAUUUUUUGAACUAUAAAGCAACUGAUGAUAACGGGAAUGGCCAAACUACUACAGUUUCACUACGAAUUUCGCUAGCAGAUGCUAACGAUAAUCCACCACAAUUUCUCCAAGAUGAAUAUCGAGCAGUGGUCGAUGAGGGGGCUGAUAAAUUUGACCCGGAAUUGAAAGUUCAUGCUCGAGAUCGUGAUAAAAUUUCGAAAAUUACGUAUUCAAUAAUAGACGGAAAUGAGAUGAAUUUCUUUAAUAUUGACUCAAAUACCGGCGAAAUUCAAAUAUCCUCACAUGGACCGGUUGAUUUGACAAAUUUUACGCAAAACUGGAUUGCUCUGACAGUUGAAGCGAAUGAUGGAUUAUUUUCUGAUACAGCUAUUGUGAAUAUAACGAUUAGAGAUGUCAAUAAUAAUGCACCGGCGUUUCCUCAAGAUGUUUAUACUGCAAGUGUUCCGGAAAUUGCAUCGCCAGGAACGGUCGUUGAAGAAAUGGUAGCUACUGAUAGUGAUAGUGGAAUAAAUGCGAAACUGAAAUAUCGAAUUCAAAAAGGUGCUUUCGAUGAUUUUGUAAUCGAUGAAACUACCGGGGUAGUGACAAUAUCGGGUAAACUCGACUAUGAUACUAGAAAUUCUUAUCAUAUUGAAGUUAUUGCACUCGACAGUGGUACUCCCAGUUUAACAGGAACGGCGACAUUGAUGAUUAAAGUAGAAAAUAAUAAUAACAAAUCGCCGUACUUUGAACAAACAAAUCAGCGUGCAGAAGUAACGGAAGACUCACCAGUUGGAACGGUAUUCACAACCUUGAAGGCCAAAGAUCCUGACAGUACAACUCAAGAUGCAUUAAGAUACUCUAUCACAGAACCAAUUACGGCUAUUGAUAAAGAUGGUCAGUUAGUUACGGGUAAUGAAACUUCUUUUAAAGAAUACUUCGCUGUCGAUCCGAAGACUGGUCAAGUAUCAGUGGUCAGACCACUGAACCGCGACGUUGCUGCAACUGUCAGUCUUAACGUUGUUGUAACAGAUACAUCAGCUAAAUUACUGCAGCAAGGUAUGGGCACACUUGUGGUAACUAUUAUUGAUGUGAAUCGAAUGGCUCCAAAGUUUACCAAACCCUGGACUCUUGAAAACCCAAAAUACGUGAUCGAAAUGCAAGAAGAACAGCCAACUGGUGCAAUUGUUGGUGCAUUCACAGCAACUGAUGCUGAUAGUAAUAUUGCUGCAUAUGCAAUAGAACCUCCUAGCUCUUAUUUCAAUAUUGACAAUACUACAGGGAUCGUCAGAACUAGUCAAAUUAUCGAUUAUGAAGAAACUAAACAAUUAGAAUUUACUGUGGUUGUUUAUGACUCAGGUUUUCCUCAACUUUCUGCCUCUGCCAAAGUAACUGUUAAUAUCAUCAACGUAAAUGAUCAGGAUCCAAAGUUCGAAAAAAAAUCUUAUAAAGUAUCCAUUAAAGAAAACUCUCCACCUGGGACUCAUGUCACUGUUGUCAAGGCAAUCGAUGGCGAUGAGGGGGUUUUUGGAGAAGUCACUUACAGCUUGAUUGGCGAACACGCUUCUGACUUUAAUAUAGGACAUGAUACUGGUGAGAUAACAGUAGGAAGCGCCACUGUUUUAGACAGGGAAAUGACACCUGACAUAGUGAUAACUGUUAUGGCAAGUGAUCGUGCUCCAGUAAAUUCUCGAAGAUCCACGACUGUUAAAGUUAACAUUAAUCUUGAAGACGUUAAUGACAAUAAGCCCAUAUUUACUCAGCACAGUUACCGAGCAUCAGUUGCGGAGAAUUUAUCUGUUAAUCCGCCGGCUACGAUCCUUCAAGUUCAUGCGGAAGAUGAUGAUGAAGGCUUAAAUGGCGAUGUUUGGUAUUCAAUAAUUAGUGGAAAUGAUGAUGGAUCUUUUACAUUAAAUUCAGAAACAGGAUUUUUGUAUCCGGCAAUGGCAUUGAGUGGGCGUGCUGGAAGUUAUCGAAUUGAAAUUGAAGCUCGUGAUGGUGCUGGUCAGGGUCCACAUUUUGAUCGUGCUUACGUGGAUAUUCGAGUUAUUCCAGUUAAUCAACAUAAACCGGAAUUUGUUAUGCCAGAAUUACCGAAUGCAACGGUUGAAGUACCAGAGAAUGCAGGAGUUCCAAAUUAUCUUGUUAUGACAGUAAGAGCAGCCGAUAACGAUCCAGGUGAAAAUGGCCGUAUUAGUUAUCACCUAAAAGUCGGUAAUAAAAACGUCCAAGAGAAUGAAGAGUUUUCGAUAAAUUCAGAAACAGGAGAACUACGCUCGAAAAUUAUUCUUGAUCGCGAAAUUAAGAAUAAAUUCGAGCUAGUUCUUGUUGCAUCUGAUCAUGGUAAUCCAACAUCUUACGAAACUCUCCGACUUUUAACAAUUCUCUUGGUCGAUACGAAUGAUAAUAUUCCGCAAUUUACGGAUGAUUAUAUUUUUAAUAUCCCUGAAAAUCGUCAAAAAGAUUACGUAGUUGGACAGGUGAUAGCUGAAGAUAAAGACGAAGGAAACCAUGCAAAAGUUUAUUACUAUAUAGAGUCAGGAAAUGAAGAUCUAUCUUUCUACAUUGAUAAAUCAGAUGGAACUAUUUAUACUAAUAAAUCAUUUGAUCGUGAAACAAGAGAUAAAUAUCUCGUAUCCAUCCUUGCUGCUAAUGAUCCAGAUUUGUAUAUUAGCCCUCUACCAGAUACUGCAAAAGCAUUUGCAAAUAAUCCAGAUUAUGGUCAUGUGAAUGUAACCAUAAAUAUUCUAGAUGAGAAUGAUAGUCCGCCAGAAUUCGAACGAACUGAUUAUUAUGCUGGUAUUAAUUCUAUGGCAAAUAUAAAUGAUUUUGUUGUCAAGGUUACAGCAUCAGAUCAAGACUUUGGUGAUAAUGGUACACUUUAUUACUACGUUGCUAGUGCAAAUCUUUAUAAAUAUGGCUCAGAAAAGCUGUCAGGCUCCAUUGUUCCUAGUCCUUUUAAUGUUAGUCAAGAUGGGAAAGUAGUAACAAGUGGAUAUAUGGCAGAAUAUAAUCAAGACAGAUUUGUUGUGGAAGUAAUUGCUAAAGAGAAAGCUAGUCCUGAACGAUAUGCUACCGCUCGAGUUCAUGUUUGGGUAUUUGAACCAGCGCAAUUAAUUCGUGUAAUUUUAUCUCGACCUCCCGAGGAGGUAAAUCAUCAACGUGAUGAAAUUAUUGCUGAAUUAUCCAAUGCUACACACAGUCGUGUUGUAGUUGAUGAUAUUAGAUAUCAUGUAGACUCUGCAGGUCAUAUUCGUCGAGAGUGGUGUGAUAUGUAUCUACACGUAGUGGAUCCUGCAACUCAAAUUAUUUCUCCAGUACCUCAAGUUUUGAAAGCAAUCGAUGAAAAGUACGAUGUUUUAAAAGAUUAUUAUGUUGGAUUUGCCAUUGAAAAUGUCGUACCGGCUUAUGUUGGAGUUCAAGAGGAAUCUUUUGAUCCAGCUUUAGCUGCUUUAAUUGCAAUGCUAGUGGUUUUACUUGUUGGAGCUGUAACGGUGACUGUUGUUUGUUGUUGUUUACGACAUUGGGUUAUAACAGUACCAAAUGAUAUUAGAAAGAAGGACGGUUUGAUAAAAAAACAAAUUUUGGAUGAGCUCAAUACUACAGAAAAUCCUCUUUGGAUAGAACAAAAACUGAAACUGUACGAAGAACAAGAAUUAACAAUGCAGGUCUUCAGCGAACCGGAAGGAGGUUUAAUGACCGAGAGACGUGGGAGUGUCAGUGGAAUGAGUGUGGGUAUGGGUGAUACGUCUCAGGAUAAUACUUAUGCUACUAUUCAACAUCCGGCCCAAAACAAUAGGCAUCGUUCCACUACUCCAGACUAUACAACACUGCCAGGAAAUCAUAGUUUCUAUGAAUCCGCAAUGGGCUUUCAAGGCUCAACAUUCCAACCGUCAACGACAGUUGUACCUCAGCUGACUCUGGAUCGUGAUGGUCAACCACAGUUCAUUUCAGGGCUCAUUUAAACAUCAACAUUACCAUCAUAGAGAUCAUUCAUUUUCUUCAUUUCAUACAUUUAAUUUUUCUCUGAAAUAUUUUGUGUGCUGCACAAAUCUCUUUUUUAUUACAUGUGUAUAAACUGAAACGAUUGAAGAAUGAAAAUAUAAAACUGACAAUAUUCUUAGUAAAAAGUAUUACGGACGACCUAAAAGAUAAAGGUAGCACUUAAUUUAACAUUUAAUUAUAUAUUUUUAUAUAGUAAUUUUUUACUGAUUUUACAUAUUCAUAUCAAAAUUUUUUACUAAUACAACAAAGCCAUUCUUAGAGUCUUCAAAUUACUCACUAAGUUACUGUGCGUAUUAUUUCAAUAAUAAAUAUAUUCAUGUAAUUACCAACAUACUUAUAAUUUAUUAUUUAAAUAAUACAAGCUAAAAAUAUUAUUUUAGAGUUACUAUAAAUAUUAAUUAAGUUACAAUAUCAUUACACAGCACUUAAACUUCUUGAUAAAGUCGCCAAACGAAACUUGAAGGCCUAAUUUUAAAUAUUAAUUAGUGAAUGGCAAUUAAGUAACUUUUUUGUCUAGAGUUCAUUUGAAUGUAGAAUCAAAUUUAAUUAUAGCAACGAAUUGUUUAAAUAGUUUGUCAUAUUAUAGGAUUAUGUUGAUAUUAGAUAUUUUCGAUUAAUACUCUAUUAUAAAUUUUAUUCAAUUCAAUAUUUAAUAGGACAUAAUUUAAUCAGAGAUCAAAUCAUCAAUGUCAUCAGAAAUUAACAGAAAUCUUAUAUGAAAAUGUCCAUGACAAUAACUGGAUUAUAUAAUUGAGUGUGAUGUAAUUUUUUUAAUUGCUGCCAAGUAAUCUUCAUGAUAUACGAAUAUUGAAGAUAUAAUUUUUGUUGGCUAACCAUCCUGUUUAUAUCUUCCUCUGUAUUCAUACAAAAUCAACUAGAAUCAUCAUCGUCAUGUAAUCCAUUACUUCAUGAAUAAUCAUAAGACUUGAAGUUCAUAAUAGACAUAAAUAAUUUUUAAACAAACGGUAAUAAUAACAAUAAUAAUAUUAAUGAGUAAAAGUAAUAUUAAUAUUGUAUCUGCUGUAUCUACGUAAUAUGUUGCCAAUCUAAUAUUUAAUAUGAAACUCUAAUUACUUUAUAUACUAAAGAUUAUAUAUAAUUAAUUACGUUAACUGUAGCAGAAAAUGUGGUAUGUGCAUUUAGACAUGAUGAGAAUAAUUUUCGUCUUAGUAAAAUUAUAGCAAAUAUGUAGAUAGAUCCGUCCAGCCCAAAAUUUGAUUUCUUAGGACAUACUUAUUUUACUGAAUUUUAGUAAAAUUUUUAUAAUAAUAUUUUAUGAUUAAGUACUUUUUAAUAAUUUCUUAAAUGUAUAUAAUUUAUUUAUCGUAAAAGAUAAUCAAAAUAAGAAUUCUACUAUUUUAAAUUCUAUUGAAUGGUAAUAGUAGUAUGUAAAAAUACAACUGAAUAUGUAUUUUAAAGUAAAUUGGCUGAUUAUAAAUAUUUCUACUAUUAACCACAACGUUUUUAAGCUGUGUCUGGUUGAAUUUUUGUACACUGAAAUUUUGUAUUGCUGGUUGAGAGAAUGUUGCGUAAAUUAACCAGUGAAUGAAUAUAUACUCCAGUAAAUGAACAUUUUCAUGAAGAACUUAACAGUACAUAGAUGAAUUUUAUGCAAAUUUAAUAUUAAUUUGCUAUGAUGUAUUAUAAUAAUUUUACUCGUAUUCUGAAUAUUUAUUUUAUUGUUUAUUAUUUCUAUCAUUGACAGACAGUUAUUUAAUGGUACGAACGAUUUAAUUGUGUUCAAUUAAUUUUUCUCUACCACGAGUCUUCAUGUGUUAACAAAAAGAAAAAUAAUAUAAACAUGUCAAUUAAUGAAACUCCAAAUACUCUAGAAAAAUUAUUUCUAGGGUAAUCACGUAAAUACUAUGCCAGUCAAAAAAAAACAUUAUCAAAUUUUGACAUUUUAAACAGUUAACAUGAUCUCUGUAUUUUCAUUUUUAUAUAUUAUUUAUCAUGUGUAUAUAAAAUUCAAAUUUUGAGAAAAAUAUUUCUUAGAUUUAAAAUUUUGAAGAAAUUUCUAGUGAUGAAAUAUUAAAUAACUCAAAUUUUAUCUAGGCAAAAUUUUAUUUAUUAUUUAAUAUCUAAGAAAACUCUAAAAUAUUCGUUGUUAAUCUAGUGUGAUUAGAUUGCUUUCAAGUAGUAAAUUAGUGACAAUUUUAAAAGAUUUUAUUAACAAUUGUGAUUGAUUGUUACUUGUUCUAUUUGAAAAUUUAACUAGAAAAAUGACAAAAAUUGUAUAAAACUUAUUUGUUAAAGGAUUUCGUUGAAUGGCUGGAGAAUCUCGUGGGCAUUGGGCGGACUUAAUCAUAUCUAAAAAAAAAAUCAAAUUAAUUGAUAACUAUUUGCCAAAAUCUGUUAAACGUGAAAUAAUUUAUAGAAAUACAUAUAGUAGAAAUAAAUUUAUUUCCUCUGACAA